GCUUCCCAAAUGGCGUGUUCCAUUCAGUGUACUUGUUCCCACCACUUUCUUCACCUACAUUAACACCACCUUAGUGUAAGAUCUCACAAUAGAAGCCAAGAUGGAGAGGAAGAAAACUUUAGUUGAGAAGGUAAGGAGGGAUAACAACAUAGUUGAAGAAGAAGAAGUAGAGGAUGAGAUAGAAGAGGAAGAAGAAAGCGGUGGUGGAGGUGAUGGCGGAGUUGUAGAAGAGCAGAAGAGGAAAGGUUUCAUGGGAAGUGGAAGAAGAGGGUCAAGUGGAUGUGGCGGAGUUUCUCCACCUUCCUGUCAGGCAGAGAGGUGUGGAGCUGAUCUGAGUGAUGCAAAGCGGUACCAUCGCCGCCAUAGGGUGUGUGAGUUCCACUCCAAGGCACCAGUUGUCAUGGUUGCAGGACUGAGGCAGAGGUUUUGCCAGCAAUGUAGCAGGUUCCACGACUUGGGGGAAUUUGAUGAAGCCAAGAGAAGCUGCCGAAGGCGCUUGGCUGGGCACAAUGAACGUCGCCGCAAAAGCACUGGUGAGAUUUACAACGAGAGCUGCAACCGUGGCAAAGGUCACCACACAAAGGAGAGCCAUUGCAGACAUGCUGAUGAUAGAGGAAGGGUUCAAAUGAGCGUUUCUGGGAGUUCUGGCUACAAAUCUUUUCACAUAAAAUAAAGCCUUAGCUAUAUAAGAGGCUCUCUCUCUUCUGUCAUCCUCCAGUUUCUUAUGUUCCAAGGCAUACACCGAAUAUUUGCAUGUUAUCAGAAUAAGCCAAAGAGAGUAAAUCAUUGUCCAGAGAGGGUGACUUCUACGAGUUUAGUUAUUAGUUAUUAGUAAUUAGUACGUGACUUAGGCAGAAUAAGUAUAAAAGAACGAUCCGUUGUCUAGAGUGUGACUUUUGCGAGUUUUAUUAGUACGUGAAUCAGGCUUUUUGCCAGGAGCUCUCUGUUUAUGUGCGUUUCUUCUGUUUCUGUGUGCCUUAGCUAAGUGUCCUGUGAGAGCACCUUAAAUGGAGUCCUUGUCUUGGACUUGCAUGGGCAAAGAGGAUUCCCUCUAUCAAUUAUUUUCAUACCUAUUGUAUGUUCUAUUCUAUGUUAUGAGAAUAAACUGUCCAAAAGGGAGUUAUUA